AGUAGGUAACUUUUCCUAUGCAUGUAUGAAGUGCACUAUAGAAAAUAUAUGGUAUCAUUAUAUACAUUUGUAACUCAUACGAAAAAUAUUGGCGUUUCUAUUAGUACAAGAAAAUAUUUUUAUUACAAAAAAUGACUUUUCCAAUUGAGUGACGGAAAAAUAUAUCUUUUAAAUUAAAUAUGUCAUAAAAAUUGAAAUUUGCGUAAUGUAAACACUCACAAUGGCUAACCACUAUGAAGUUCCAAAUUGGGCUGGAAAACCUGCUGCUGGUUUGCAUUUAGAUGUUCUAAAGGGUGAUAAACUAAUUCAGAAACUAAUGGUAGAUGAAAAAAAAUGUUAUUUGUUUGGAAGAAAUCAGCAAUUAAAUGAUUUUUCAAUUGAUCAUGCUUCGUGCUCAAGAGUUCAUGCAGCCUUAGUAUACCAUAAGCACUUGAAAAGAACUUUUUUAGUUGACUUAGGAAGUACUCAUGGAACAUAUAUUGGUAGUAUUCGGUUAGAGGCUCACAAACCAACACAAUUACCUAUAAAUAGUACGUUUCAUUUUGGUGCUUCUACCCGAUAUUACACUAUCAGAGAACGACCACAAACUGGAGUGAGAGCAAUAAUUGAUGAAGUCGAUAAAGGAAUUGAUGAACAGGAAGGUGGAGGAGUGCAUGGAUUACCUGAUACAGAAUUAGAAUUAGACAAUCUCACAGAAUUUAAUACAGCUCACAAUCGAAGAAUUUCCAUGUUAGGCAUAUCAGAUGAAGACAUUCAUAAAAUUACUAGAAAGCGCAAAAAAAAAAAUAUUACUUUCAAUGACGAUGAAGAGGUCAUAAAUCCUGAGGAUAUUGAUCCAACUAUUGGAAGAUUUCGAAAUCUAAUACAGUCAACAGUUGUUUCUAGCAAGAAAUCUAGAAUAGAUACAAGUAUGUUGGCAUUGCAUGGAAAAAGAAAUCAAUCUCUAAAAAGAAAUCAUAUAGUUUCACAUGAAUCAACACUUUACGAAGAUAUACCACAGAUUCAAGGUUCUGCUCUUACAACGCAAAAUAAUCAAUUCCAAUUAAUUGGCAUACCAUCAUCAUCAAGAUUAGGUAUUGGAACACCUAAUCCAGCUCCAGAUGUUGAUAUUCCAUCAUUUCAGGAGCCAAAUGAGCCAUCUCUAUUUAUGGAUAAUAGUGAGACCUUGGAACAUCCUUCAUCAGAACCUAAAAAGAAAAAAUAUGCAAAAGAAGCAUGGCCUGGAAAGAAAUUUAUGCCGACUUUUUUAAUUUAGCCAAAUCAAAAGUAAUUUUCAAACAAUUUUAUUUUAUUUUAUUUUAAAUAAAAAU